CGGGAGCGCAAGCGCCCCUAUGCUUCGAGCUCCGGCCUGGAGCUGUUUCCGCUUCCCUCCGCGCCGACCCCGCCCAGGCCCCGCCCUAUCCAAGCCCUGCCCCGCAGCUCCGGGGGGCGCGCGCGCGCGCGCGUGUGCGGGAGGGGGCGGGUGGGGAAGGAUCGCCAGCGAGAUCCCGAGGCGAGGCUCGUGCGCCCGCCCCCGCCCUGGCCCCCAGCUCCCACCCGGUCGGCCCGGCUCAGCCAUGAUCAAGGCGAUCCUCAUCUUUAACAACCACGGGAAGCCGCGGCUCUCCAAGUUCUACCAGCCCUACAGUGAAGAUACACAACAGCAAAUCAUCAGGGAGACAUUCCAUUUGGUAUCUAAGAGAGAUGAAAAUGUUUGUAAUUUCCUAGAAGGAGGAUUAUUAAUUGGAGGAUCUGACAACAAACUGAUUUAUAGACAUUAUGCAACAUUAUAUUUUGUCUUCUGUGUGGAUUCUUCAGAAAGUGAACUUGGCAUUUUAGAUCUAAUUCAAGUAUUUGUGGAAACAUUAGACAAGUGUUUUGAAAACGUCUGUGAACUGGAUUUAAUUUUCCAUGUAGACAAGGUUCACAAUAUUCUUGCAGAAAUGGUGAUGGGGGGAAUGGUAUUGGAGACCAACAUGAAUGAGAUUGUUACACAAAUUGAUGCACAAAAUAAACUGGAGAAAUCUGAGCUGGAGGACAGAAAAAGCUGAGGAUCAGGCCCAGGCCUUAACUGUAAGAUUGGCAAAGUUCAAGAGAAGAUUGGAUUCCAGCCUCAUCAUGUCUGCUAAGCCAAGUUUCUGGUCCUGAGCCAGUUCUCAGACCCAGAACUCAUUGAUUGACAGAAGGACCAAAUCUCCAGGAGUAAGGACCCUGCACACCAUGGCAAGUGCAUAUUAUUAAUGAUUUUUCAACUACUUCCUUAAAGGGACUUAUUUACUUGGAUAACCAUACACUGGGAAAUGGAAAAUACCCAAUGUUUUGAGGAUUUUGGGGCACAGUUUCCAAGCUGACACUGUUAGCUAGGGACCAAAUAUCAUCAUUUGGUCCCUGCCCCCAUUACAGUGGGAGCAUAUGGGGGCUAGGUAAUAAAUUUAGUCCUGGCCCAGAUAUAGCUCAUAGUGAGUCUGCCAGGUCUACAAAUCCACCUAUUGGUUAUUUUUCCCCAUACGCGAAUAUAACUGGCAUGGACAGUUAUCUGUGGCAUAAGAGCUAUUAUAGAAAGAAAGACUUAAGUGGAAGCUUUGCAAUUGCCCCCAUACUCACAGCCAAGAUAGGAAAUAAAUGAUAUUGCGUCUUGGGGAGGAGAGAGAUUAGUAUGACACUUAAAGACCUAAAAGAUUUUAAAAUGGUGGCCUCCAUCACAUACCCAUUUAUUGACCAGUUCCCUACAGGUGGAUCCUGGAGGAUGACAGUGGACUACUGCAAACUGGACCAAGUUGUAGCUCUAAUUGUAGGUGUUGUACCAGAUGUGGUAUCUUUGUUAGAGAAGAUUAACAAGGCCUCAGAUAGAUGGUAUAUGGCCAUUGAUCUGGUAAAUGCCGCCUUCUCCAUCCCUGUUAGGUGGGAGGACCAGAAAGUUCACAUUAUGGAUACACAGCAGUGUACUAUGAAUAUUAACUCGCCCUCAGAACAUAACGUAGUCAGAAAGGAUCUGGGUCAUCUGGAUAUACUAUGACAUUGGUCCACAUUUUGAUAACAUUGUGUUACUUGAACUGGAUGAACAAGGAGUUGCAAGCACAUCGAAGCCUUUGGUAAGAUACAUGCCCUCCAUGGGUGGAUGAUAAGCCCUGUGAAGAUUCAGGGCCCUACCACAUCAGUGAAGUUUUUAGGGAUCCGAUGAUCUAGGAUAUGCCAACCUAUCCCUUUCAAAGUAAAAAACAAAGUAUUGUAUUUCACAUCUCCCCCACUCAGAAGCAAACACAGAGGUUGGUGGGAGUCUUCAGGUUCUGGAGGCAGCCUAUUUUAUACUGGGAACACUAUUCCAACCAAUUCAUACAAACAGCUUCUAGAUUUGAGUGAGACCCAGAGCAGGAAAGGGAUCUGCAGCAGGUCCAGCCUGCAAUGUAAGUGUCCCUCCCCCUUGAACCAUACUCCCUGACAGACCCAAUGAUAUCAGAGCUGUUAGUUAUGGCAAAAGAUGCCAUGUGCUGCUUAUGGCAUGCCCCAGUUGAACAAUUACAACAUAAACCCCAUUGCAGUCAGACAAUGCCACCUGUAGUGGAAAACUACACGUAAUUUGAAAAACAGUUCCUCGGGUACUCCUGGGCCCUGGUUGAGACAAGCAUCUGAUCAUAGAAGUGAUCAUACAUCCAGAACUGAGCUGGGUUCUGUCAGAGUCACAAAAUCAUAAGGUUUGGCAGAACUAGCAACAAUCUGUAGUAAGAUGCAAGUGAUAACAUGGGAAAGAAUGGAGCCAGAGGGCAUAAGUAAGCUGCACAACUCCUGAUUCCAAUUUCAUUCUCCACUGUUGACCACUGCCUCUCCUUCAGCUCCAGGGAAAGAUUAUAGUGUGGAGAAAUCCAGUGGACAGAACUUUGGGUUAUAUACGUGGGCAUCCACUCUAUGUGAGGAUAAAAGUGGCCCAAGGACUCACAGGCAAUACCUAAUGACUUGUUUGGUUAGCCAAAGUCUUGGAAGAGAAAGAUUGGAAGAUCAAGGACAAGGUUUGGGGAAGAGGCAUGUGGAUAGACCUAUAUAGGAAUAAGCAUGAAAAUAUGAAGAUUUUUGAAACAUGUGUUACCUAUAGAAAUCAUCUGAAGAGACGCUAUACUGCCAAAUAGAAUGACUCAGCACAGUGUUAUUGUGCUUCUGUUAUUGGCCUCAGUGUUGAUACAAUGGGAGCUGGAAUGGAGUAUCCAGGGAUUGAGGGCUACACGUGGGCCCAGCAGCAUGAACUCCUACUCAUCAAGGCUGAUUUAGCUACUGCUUGUGUCAAAUGUCCUAACUACCAGUAACAGAGACCAAUGCUGAGACCCUGAUACAGCACCUUCCCUUGAGGAGACCAAGCAGCCACUUGGUGGCAAGCAUUUAAUUUUGGGCCCCUUCGAUUUUAGAAAGGGGAGUGAAUUAAUCCUGAUCGAAUUGACACAUAUUCUGGAUAUGAGCUUUUGUUUCUUGGCUGCAUGACCUCAACCAACAUUGCUAUGGAAGGAUUUACAAAGGGUUUGAUCAACCUACAUGGGAGCCCACAUAGCAUCACAAAGACCAAGGAAUCUACCUUCCAGUAAAGGAAGUGCUGCAAUGAAUGCAGAACCAUGAGAUGAACUGACCUUGUUAUAUGCUGCCCAACUGAAGCUGCUGGAGUGAUAGGGAGAGUAAUGGUCUUUUAAAAAGGCGUACCUGAGGCACUAGGUGCCUAAAUUGACAACCGUUAUAUGGUGCUCUGUUCCCAACAAGUAGACCACAGGGGUCCAGGCACCAAGGGGUAGAAGUAGGAGUGGCUCGACUUACACCACUCCCAGUGACCCACCAGGGGAAUUUGUGUCACAAACUCUAGGAUCUAUGGUACAGAGGUCUUGGAUCCCAGAAAUGCUUCCUCCAGGGGUGCAACAAGAGUUGUAUUCACCUUUAAUCUACAGCAGCCCUCCAUUCAUUUCAAGAUGCUCAUAUCAAAAGAUCUUGUUGGCAAGGAAAAGAGUCCUUAUCCUCCAUUCCUCCAUAGCUUAUUGAAGUCUGACCAAAAUAAGUGUCUUUCAGAGCACCAAAAAUAAUAGCUGUCAUGACUCGUGUAGUGAAAAUCACAGCUAUUUGGGAGAUAGGUUUCAUUAGGACUCUGUUGCUGGUGUUGCAGCUGCUGACUUAGCACAGCUCACUCAGUGUGAUUCCAAAAUCAGAUGUUAAAAUAUAUAUAUAUAUUGUGUGUGGAGAGGGAGAGAGAGAUCAAACUGAAGAGUAACCAGUUAUUGCAGGUGAAGAAGAGGUGUGGUUACUACCCAUGUAAGAUCACAGAAAUUGGAGAACAUAAUUUCUAUGUCAGAAUUACCUUCUGUAAUAGAUCGAUACCUAAGAAUUGAUAGGGAGUGACGUCAGCAUCAUAGCAAUGUAAGAUGUUGCUGUUUUCUCUCCCCGCUUUUUAGCAAUUAAUUAGACAUCUCUCCAUGAACAAAAGUGCCUCCUGGGGAGCUGUGGGACCUACUACCUUACACCAAGGGACCUGGGAGGACUUUCACCUACUUGUGCUUCCAAAAAUAGACAAACAGACAUGGUAAGGGCUGCAGACCCAAGGGAGUCAGCGAGCCUGCCCCACAACCUGCUCACUCCAGUAGGGGAAAAACUUGGAGAGUACUGGCCUAUUCAGAUACCCAGGAGCAAGAGGAUUUUGUACAAGUCCAGCCUGCCUGAGGGGAGAUACCAGUACACCAUAAAGACGGGAAGGAUAAGAGUUUGUACACAGUGGAGAGGAAGGGACUCUCCCAGAGCCCCCUUCCCCAUUCAGGGCAAUGCCUACAUAGGGCUAAGCUGUCAAGUAUUGGUGACCUCUCCUGUGGAGGAGGUGGAAAGCUGUGAGUGAGUGCCCAGCUAGCCCAGUUUUGUGGGUUACAGCCAGAGAAACCCAUUUCUCUCCAGCAGCACCCAGAGUACUGAGGUGGGACCUCCAUGACUGGGGAGAGGAAGAUAAAGGGAAGGAAACAGAUAAGAAUAUCAAAAGGCAUUAAGGAGGUUCCUGCUGACUACUUCAGCACUUCAGCAGGAAGUCACCCUCAAGCUUUCGGGAUUAUCCCACUGGAAAAUCCUACCACUGGGUCCAUGGGCACCCCCAUCACCUGGAGUGCUAAACCCACACUCCUACCCGUGCCCCUCCUCCCCCCACCAUUCUGUGGAUGGAUCCUUAUGGGUGCUCCAGAGUACAGAGAUGAGAGAGCAGGUCCAGUAAUCAGAGUGCUCUUAGAAAAAUGGACCAGGGAGAAACUACAAACUAGAGCUGUAGCACCACCUUCUGGAAGACAUAAGAGGUUUCCAGCAGUCAGCCUGGUGAGUUAUAAGAGUAAGAAAAGAUAUAAAAUCUUAAGAAUUCUGCCACCUCAAGAGGGAACAGGAGAGUUGAGCAGGUCUACCCUCAAAAGUUGAGGAAACCCCAGAUAUAGCAGCACCAGUGAUCACUGCCCCAUCUGAAGGCAACCAAUAAAGAUUUAAGGAGUUGUCUUCUACUUCAGAUGGAAAAACAGCAACACAAAAAUAUAAGGAACCUGAAAAACCAAGAAAACAUUUCACCCCUAAAAUGAAUAAUUCUCCAACAACUGAGCUCACAGCUAGGGAAAACUGAUCUAGCUGAUAAAGAAUUCAGAAUAGCUGUUUGAAGAAAUUCAGUGAACUACAAGAAAACACAGAAAGAUAGUUCAGUGAUAUUAGAGGGAAAAUACAUGAACAAACAAAAUGAAAUCUUGACCAAAGAGAUACAAAUCAUAAAAAACAACCAAACAGAAAUUCUGGAGCAGGAGAGUGAAUGAAAAGAUUACAAUAAAGAACAUGGGUAGCAGACUAGAUGGAAAAUAGAAUUAGUGACUUAGAAGGUAGGAAUUUAGAAAUAAAGUGAACAAAGAAAUAUAAUGGAAGUGAACAAAGAAAUAUAAUAAAAAAGAGCAAAGAAGUGAACAAAGAAAUAUAAUAAAAAAGAGCAAAGAAA